CAUAUUUUAAGCUAUAUGGUUGGUUUGUGUCAUCGUCGUUCCAAUCUCACGGAUAUAAUUCAUUUCUCUAAUACUCCCUCACUUCGCCACCUUCACCUCCCUUCCAUGCCCAUGGAAGUCAAUCAGGUUGUUUAGGUUUCAACCAAAUCCAUUCAUUCCUUACACUUCAGGUUAUAAUGAUAAUAAAAGGGUUGUUCAGAAGAUAUGAAAGAUGGAAUCCUGUGCAUCCAACAUAUGGAGCAUUUUGGGGUAUGGGAGUAGGGAUUGGUUGUGGUGUUGGAUGGGGUCCUGGUUUUGGUCCUGAUGUGAUCGGUUAUGUUGGAGCUGGCUGUGGUGUUGGAUUUAGUGUGGGCUUCACUUUUGCUGGCUUUGGCAUUGGCCUUCCUGCAAAUUAUCUCUAUGAAGUUCCUUACAGUGCUUUUAUGACAACAAGAAAUGGUGCAGUGGAAAUGGCCAGAUCCAGUGGUUUCCAGGUCCCAAAGAGUGUUGCAAGAGAUAGACAGACUAUAUUUGUGCCUGACGUCUCAAACCUGCAAAGAGAAGUUAGUGAAAAACUAUCUAGUUUUAAGCAAAAGGUUCUCUUGGAUGAAAGAUUAAAUUCAUUUGACAUGAAGAGCCUUCUACUUGCCCCAAGUAAGUCCAUCUGGGCAAGUGUAGGGGAAUUUCACAAACAGUUAUCCAAGCAUCACAAAGGUUCUCAAGAGUAACACCAUUUGAAGUCCUCUGUGCAUGUGUGGUGACAUCCAUAAAACACAUUCUAAUACUUCCCUCAAACUUCGUACAUAUAAUUGUCCCAAUAUGUAAUUUAGCAACCAAAGAGAAUAUUUAAUUCAUGUAGAGAAAUCCUCUGCUUACCCCAUUUCUUAAAUCUGUAGGAUGUUUGUUAUUGCCUUUGGGCAAGCAGCGGUGGAAAAUGCCCUCUUUGCCUUCAAGCGAUUGACUUCCUCUGCCGGGUAGCUCUCUACAUCUAUGCAACUACCUGGUACUCUCUUAUUGGGUUGCGUAGUUUAGCUUCUACUUGAUGGUUGGUGAGAAGAGAGAUCCACAAUGGCAGAUGAACAAAGCCUCAUUCUCUAAUUCUAAAUAUAGCAUGAAAUGAUGGUGGAAAUAAUUUUACCAAUUAGUGCAAGACAAGACUAUUCCAUUUCGUUGUAUAUAAGCAAUAGCUGGGUUUUUUUUUUUUAUUACAAAUGGGUGUUCUAAUCCUGUGGCAACAUAGUUUAAGAGGACACAUGUUCAAUGUCAAAAAUUAGUGCUCUUUUAAUUUUGUGUACA